CAAAAAUUUUAUAAUAUUUUAGCAGAAUGUGAGUUUAUUACUGUUAGUAACAUGGACGAACUGUUUUAUGCAUUUAUUAUUUGCAUAGCUUAUGCAGAGAAUUAUCAUCCCAGACUUUUGAUUAACAAUUCUUUUAUGCAUAAAAUAAAAGAAUUGGCAUUGUUAUUUUUAGGCUUUAAACAACCAUCUUUGAAUGUACUAGAAACAUUUUAUACAUUAUUUAAGGAUUAUAAAAAAUUUUUAAAUGCUAUCAAUAUAAAAGGAGAAAAUUCAGUUUAUGGUAUUAUAAAAAGAGAAACAGAGGAAAGAUUAAAAAAUAAGAAGUAA